AUGCCCAUCAAAGCCACAGCCGAUAAAAUCACACAAGAGAUCCAACAGUUUAGACAUCCACCAGUAUUUCCCAGCAACAAAGAGGAGCAAAGAAACCAGCAGGAAGCUGAAGAUGCAAAUACAGAUGCACCUACAGAUAAUAAGUUCAAGGGAAAUAAGUCCAAGGCUACAUCAAAGUCAAGUGGACAAGCAUACCAGUGGGAAGUCAUGCGCAGUCUUGGCCUCUCUAACAGUGAGAUAAUCAAAUUCUGCGAAGCAUCUGAGUGA